AUGACUCGCCCAGAGGUAAUUAGUUACCUAAAGGAUAACUACAGGUUUAACUUAAGUACCAGCCAGUUUGCGAAAGCAACAAAGCAUUGGGGAUUUUAUAAGCAACCUCGCCAGGCCAGAACAUUGGCCCGGGCGCUUGAAGCAACUGCUUUGGCGGACCCUGAGUCAUCGGGCGCGAUAUUUGAUCUUGAGGUUGAUGCUUUACACGCAGCUAAUGAGAAUGAAUCUCUUUUCCACAUUGACAAUACACUUAGUCCAGAUUUCGAUCGUCCCAAGAGCGCCAAGGAUGACGAGGAUUCAUGCAAGGAGCCGUCUCUGAAAACAGAAGAUACUCUUUCAAAGGCCGAGAAGAGCCACCAGAGAACCAGAGUAUCGAGCAACGGGUGCCACACAGCGAAUGUCAAGAGUCCAAUGCGUAUCACGAACGCACCCAAAGCCCAGAUUCCAUCAACUUUGAGAUUUUCGCACCCCCGAGUCCUGGAUCGAAAUGCAAAAAGGUCUCUGGUGUGCGACACAACGCGAGAGUUGUAUUUGGAUUAUUCGUGGCAGGAUUAUCGCCGAUGA